ACGAACCUAAUUUACCCUUUAUUACCUAUAUAUACCUAAUGCUCUCUCCAUUUACACACUCAUCGUUCUCUCCGCCGAGUCUACCAGAAAUCAACCUCAUCGGAUCGGCGUAUGGCGACGUUCACCGGAGCAUCCUUCACCACUCUGCUCUCUUCUCAACAGAUUUCACGACAAUGCCUGGCACCAACCAGGAUCUCUGGCCUGAAGUUGGUUUCUUUUUCCCGUUCGGGAAGGAGCAAUCUCCCUUUAUCAUUCCACCGCCUUCAGGUUUCCUGCGCUGCCAAGCAAGAGACGGUGGAAAAGGUAUGUGGGAUCGUGAGGAAACAACUCGCUCUAAAUGAUGACACUGCAGUUACUGGGGAAUCAAAGUUUGCUGCACUAGGAGCUGAUUCACUUGACACGGUUGAGAUAGUGAUGGGGCUUGAAGAAGAGUUCGGUAUCAGUGUGGAAGAGGAGAGUGCCCAGAGCAUCGCUACCGUUCAGGAUGCAGCAGAUCUUAUCGAGAAGCUCAUCGAGAAAACCAGUACUGCUUAAUUAUUAGGUCUUAAUUUCCCUUCCUUUCUUGUCUUCAACUGUGUUGUUUUUGGUUUUAGUUGGUAAACAGGAUUAUAUAUGGUCCUUUUCAAACAACUUCCUUCGCGCUUGCUAUAAUAUAUAAACAGCGUUCUCUCUA